AUUGAGAAACAGCCACGCACAACAAAAGACCAAAAACAAAAGACCAAAAACAAGAAUAAGGUCAUCACCUCAAAAUUCACAAACCCAAGAAAAAGCAACAAGAAGAAGUCCCAGUUCUUUAUAGAGAUAGGAUGAGAAAAUGAUUUCAUGACACAGAAACAAUAAGAAGGAAACAGAUCAAAGAUUUCAUAUGGCAGAAACAUCAUCGACCAAGACAGCAGUUUUGGAUGCUCCGCUUCAUGCGAUUGGAUUCGAGAUUGAAGAACUAUCUCCUCAAAAAGUCACCGGCCGCCUCCCUAUUACACACAAAUGUUGUCAGCCAUUCAAGGUGUUACAUGGAGGUGUAUCGGCACUGAUAUCAGAGGCACUAGCAAGCAUGGGAGCUCACAUGGCUUCUGGUUAUCAGAGAGUGGCCGGUAUUCAUCUUAGCAUCAACCAUGUGAAGCGUGCUGAGCUUGGUGACCUUGUGUUUGCUGAGGCCACCCCUAUUAAUGUAGGCAAAACCAUCCAGGUGUGGGAAGUGCGACUCUGGAAGAUUGAUCCUUCAAACUCACAGAGCAAAUCUUUGGUAUCAUCAUCUAGGGUUACUCUUCUAAGUAACAUGGCAGUGCCAGAGCAUGCAAAAGAAGCCGGUGAAAAACUCAAGAAGUAUGCAAAAUUGUGAACCAGCAGCUGUACACGUACUAUAUUUGCAUGAUUCUGCACACUGGACAUUUAAAUACUCAAGUGAAGUUAAAGCACUAAUAUCAAUAAUUUCCUGGAAAUACCUAACUGUGUGUAUGAAAGAAACGAUAUUUGAUAUGGGAACAUAACUUUUGCCACAAAAAUGUCUAGGCAAAAUAAAAAUGAUCUCAUUGGUGAGUCUAUUUGAAA